UGAAAAGGAAAUGAGAGCAGAGGGAAUGAGGGGCAAUGUGAGGAAAUUAAAAGGUUGAGAGGGGAAAUCAAAAGCGAAGUUACUCCAUUGAACUCUAAAAGAACAAUGAGUUGCUCAUACGCAUACGAAAAAUAGGUUAUGUACCUCGAAUCGAAAUAGGGGCGCUUUAUAUACGCUGUAUGUGCAUGAGAACGAUAACUACGCUUGUAUUCAAUAUAAAAUACGAAGAUGGAUAUAUUUCAAUGGUUUGAGAGCGAAAAAGGAAUUGAAAUUCCUCUCUAUUUAAAGAAUCUUCUUAAAGCAUCAGGCUAUGACAAUAAACUUGUUUUGAGCAAAAUAUCGGAUGACGAUUUUGGAAAAAUCGAGAAAUUUGCUUCUACGAAACUGAUAACAAUUGCUUCUCCCCAUGAGUACAGAGACUUUUAUGGGCCUUAUUUUGACAAAUUCCCAUCGGAAUUUGAGAUAGUAGAUGGUCAUAAAAAUCUUAUCCGUGAAAUAAGAGAAAUCCUAAAACAAGGCCAAAUAAGGAAACAUGAUAAAUGUACAAUGACGGAUGAAAAUCUAGAAGACUGUUCUGAGAAUGAUUUAAGCUCAAACUUGAAAAUGGAACCUAUUGACAUAGAUGAAGAAAACUCUUUUAUUAGCAGACAAACUAAACAAUCAUUAAAAGCAAAAUAUGAAAUAGAGUUUAUAACCGAAGAUUAUGAUAGCGCAUGGAACAGAAUGCAUUUCCAGACAUCUUUGAAUGCUGCAAAUUAUUUGAUUUGCUACAUUACCUGCUUCUGUGAAGAAAGAAUAAAAGUUUCCAAGUUACCAAAGUCGAAAAACUGUAAGCCCAGAUGGAUCCUCUCCAAUUUUUAUGUGCACUUUGAAAAGAAACAUAUCAGAAAGAUAAGCGAAAGAAAGCUAAUUAGUGGUCAUGACUUUAGCCAUGAAAAAUGAAAAAUUUUAUACUAGUUCUUCUUUUCAUAUUUUAUCUUUUAAAAUAUUUUAUAUCGUAGCCCCUUAAGUGUAUAUAUGUAUAUUAGUGUUUAUUCACACAAUCACAUUUGUUCUUAGAAAUAAAAAUCUUUUUUUAUCAA